AUGUAUUUGCUCCUGCUGGGGAGCCUGGGCCCAGGAAACUGCCAGCUGCUGCUGCUUCUGGUGAUUGUGGUGAUGAGGCUGAUGGCAGCCAAUGAUAAUCGCAUCCACACAUCCAAGUACAACAUCCUCACCUUCUUGCCAAUUAAUUUAUUUGAACAGUUCCAAAGAGUGGCCAAUGCUUAUUUCCUGUUCCUUCUGAUCCUACAGCUGAUUCCAGAAAUCUCCUCUCUGACCUGGUUCACCACUAUCGUGCCUUUGGCCUUGGUGAUAACUAUGACAGCUGUCAAAGAUGCCACAGAUGACUAUUUUCGCCACAAGAGUGACAAUCAAGUGAAUAAUCGGCAGUCUGAAGUCCUCACGGGCAGCAUACUGAAGAAUGAAAAAUGGAUGAAUGUCAAAGUGGGAGACAUCAUUAAAUUAGAAAAUAACCAAUUUGUUGCUGCUGAUCUGCUUCUCCUGUCAAGCAGUGAGCCCCAUGGUCUGUGUUAUAUUGAAACUGCUGAGCUCGAUGGGGAAACGAAUCUUAAAGUCCGCCAUGCACUAUCGGUUACCUCAGAACUUGGAGCAGAUAUUGGUAAACUUGCAAAGUUUGAUGGUAUCAUCAUCUGUGAAGCACCUAACAACAAAUUAGAUAAAUUCACAGGAGUCCUCUCUUGGAACGACAGCAAACACUCCCUCAACAAUGAGAAGAUAAUCCUGAGGGGCUGUGUCCUGAGAAACACCAGCUGGUGUUUUGGAGUGGUUAUUUUUGCAGGUCCUGACACUAAACUAAUGCAGAACAGUGGUAAGACAAAGUUUAAAAGGACAAGCAUAGAUAGAUUGAUGAAUACUCUAGUAUUAUGGAUUUUUGGGUUUCUGGUAUGCUUGGGAACAAUUCUUGCAAUAGGAAACUCAAUCUGGGAGAGUCAAAUUGGGAACCAAUUCAGAAGAUUUCUCUUCUGGAAUGACGGAGAAAAGAACUCUGUGUUUUCAGGAUUCUUAACAUUCUGGUCCUAUAUUAUUAUCCUCAAUACAGUUGUACCCAUUUCAUUAUAUGUGAGUGUGGAAGUCAUUCGCCUGGGACACAGUUAUUUCAUAAAUUGGGAUCGGAAGAUGUAUUACACUGGGAAAGCAACACCUGCUGAAGCUCGGACGACCACACUCAAUGAGGAACUGGGCCAGAUUGAAUACAUUUUCUCCGACAAAACAGGCACCCUCACUCAAAACAUCAUGGCUUUUAAAAAAUGUUCCAUUAAUGGAAAAAUCUACGGUGAAGCAUUUGAUGACCCGGGUCAGAAUACAGACAGGACUAAGAAAAAGGAUCAUUUGGAUUUCUCAGUCAAUCCCCAGGCAGACAGAACAUUUCAGUUCUUUGACCACCAUCUGAUGGAAUCCCUUAAACGGGGCAACCCCAAAGUGAGAGAAUUCCUCAGGCUGCUUGCUCUCUGCCACACAGUAAUGUCAGAGGAAAAUAGUGCAGGACAGUUGGUUUACCAAGUUCAGUCGCCUGAUGAAGGGGCAUUAGUGACCACUGCAAGAAACUUUGGAUUUGUUUUUAAAUCUCGGACCCCAGAGACAAUCACCAUAGAAGAACUGGGGACACUAGUUACUUAUCAAUUGCUUGCCUUCUUGGAUUUCAACAAUAUCAGGAAAAGGAUGUCUGUCAUAGUUCAAAAUCCAGAAGGCCAGAUAAAACUUUAUUCCAAAGGAGCAGAUACUAUUCUGUUUGAGAAACUUCAUCCAUCCAACGAAGAUCUUCUUAGUUUGACGUCAGAUCAUCUCAGUGAAUUUGCAGGGGAAGGCCUUCGGACCUUGGCCAUUGCCUAUAGGGAUCUGGAUGACAAGUACUUUAAAGAGUGGCAAAAGAUGCUUGAGGAUGCGAAUGCUGCUGGGGAUGAGAAGGAUGAAAAGAUAGCCAAGCUGUAUGAAGAAAUCGAAAGCAAUCUGAUGUUACUAGGUGCCACUGCUGUAGAAGAUAAGUUACAAGAUGGUGUUAUUGAAACAGUUGCAAGUUUAUCACUAGCCAAUAUUAAGAUCUGGGUCCUAACAGGAGACAAACAAGAAACUGCCAUCAACAUUGGCUAUGCCUGCAACAUGCUGACCGAUGACAUGAACGAGGUAUUCAUUAUAGCAGGAAACACAGCCCUUGAAGUCAGAGAAGAAGUCAGGAAAGCAAAGCAAAAUUUGUUUGGACAAAACAGAAAUUUUUCCAAUGGCCCUGAAGUUUCUGAAAAAAAGCAGCAGCUGGAGCUGGAUUCGGUCGUAGAAGAAACUAUAACAGGAGAUUAUGCCUUAAUCAUAAAUGGCCACAGUUUGGCUCAUGCCCUUGAAAGCGAUGUCAAGAACGAUCUCCUAGACCUUGCCUGCCUGUGUAAGACUGUAGUUUGCUGCAGAGUCACCCCUCUUCAGAAAGCCCAAGUUGUAGAGCUGGUGAAGAAGCACAGAAAUGCUGUAACUUUGGCCAUUGGUGAUGGAGCCAAUGACGUCAGCAUGAUCAAAAGUGCUCAUAUUGGCAUUGGCAUCAGCGGCCAGGAAGGCCUGCAGGCUGUUUUAGCCAGCGACUAUUCCUUUGCACAGUUUCGAUACCUCCAAAGGCUUCUACUUGUCCAUGGAAGGUGGUCCUACUUCCGGAUGUGCAAAUUCUUAUGCUACUUCUUUUAUAAGAAUUUUGCGUUCACACUUGUACAUUUCUGGUUUGGUUUCUUCUGUGGUUUCUCAGCUCAGACUGUUUAUGAUCAAUGGUUCAUUACUCUUUUCAACAUUGUCUACACUUCACUGCCUGUGUUAGCCAUGGGGAUUUUUGACCAGGAUGUGAGUGACCAAAACAGCCUGGAUUGCCCCCUGCUCUAUCAACCUGGACAGCUGAAUCUACUUUUUAACAAACGUAAAUUUUUCAUCUGCAUGGCACAUGGAAUCUAUACAUCAUUAGUCCUUUUCUUCAUUCCCUAUGGGUCUUUUUACAACGUGGCUGGAGAAGAUGGGCAGCACAUAGCUGAUUACCAGUCUUUCGCAGUUACCAUGGCCACAUCUUUGGUCUUUGUGGUCAGUGUUCAGAUAGCCUUGGAUACCAGUUACUGGACUGUCAUUAAUCACGUCUUCAUCUGGGGCAGCAUUGCCACUUACUUUUCUAUUUUAUUUACAAUGCACAGUAAUGGCAUCUUUAGCAUCUUCCCAAAUCAGUUUCCAUUUGUCGGAAACGCACGACAUUCCUUGACCCAGAAGUUCAUCUGGCUUGUUAUUCUCUUAACAACGGUGGCUUCAAUUCUGCCCGUGAUGGCAUUCAGAUUUUUGAAGGUGGAUUUGUUUCCAACCUUAAGUGAUCAGAUUCGCCAGUGGCAGAAGGCUCAGAAGAAAGCAAGGCCCCUACGUAGCCGAAAGCCUCAGACUCGGAGAUCAAGCUCAAGAAGAUCUGGAUAUGCUUUUGCUCACCAAGAGGGCUAUGGAGAGCUUAUCACAUCUGGAAAAAAUAUGCGAGUUAAAAAUCCACCUUCCACAUCAGGGUUGGAAAAGGCACCGUAUAAUAGCACUAGUUGGUUUGAGAAUUUAUGUAAGAAAACCACAGACACAGUGAGCAGCUUGAGCCAGGAUAAAACAGUGAAACUGUGA